UAUGUGAGAUCUCUCUUCCUUCAUCCAUGGUGGAUCACUGCUUAUCAUCAACAAUGCCUGCAUCCCCUUCCCAUGCUUCUCUUGAAAAGAAGCAUUGGUGGCUCACCAAUAAGAAGAUCGUUGAUAAGUAUGUGAAAGAUGCUAGAACUCUGAUUGCAUCUCAGGAACACUCCGAUAUCGCAUCAGCUCUCAAUCUGCUUGAUGCCGCUCUUGCUUUAUCCCCAAGGUUUGAACCGGCUCUCGAAUUGAAAGCCAGAUCUCUUCUCUAUCUCAGAAGAUACAAACAAGUCGCUGAUAUGCUUCAGGAUUACAUCCCUAGCCUUAAAAUGUCUUCCGAUGAUUCCUCUACUUCAUCUUCGUCCUCAUCGCUUUCAUCAGACAAUAACUCCCAACCCUUGUCCAGAGAACGAGUUAAGCUUUUGUCCUCCCCUAACCAUGAUGAACCUUCCUUCAAGUGUUUCUCCGUCUCCGAUUUGAAGAAGAAGGUCAGGGCCGGCCUCGGUAAAAAUUGCGAUAAAGAAGGUCAAUGGAGGUAUUUGGUUCUAGGUCAAGCAUGUUGCCACCUAGGUCUGAUGGAGGACGCCAUGGCCCUUCUUCAGACCGGAAAGCGCCUUGCUUCCGCCGCAUUCCGCCGUGAAAGCAUCUGCUGGUCAGAUGACAGCUUUUCUUUCUCCGCUGAGAUCUUCACCGACGGCAACCAGCCACAGACGCCUCCAAGGACAGAGUCCGAGAGCAUCGGUCACCUCCUCGGUCACAUCAAGCUCCUCGUUCGUCGCAAAACCGCCGCAAUCGCCGCCCUAGAAGCCGGCCUAUACAGCGAAGCCAUCAGGCAUUUCUCCAAAAUCGUAGACGGUAGGCGCGGAGCUCCUCAGGGUUUCCUUGCCGAGUGCUACAUGCACCGUGCCUCCGCUUACCAAUCCUCUGGUCGGAUCGCAGAGGCCAUAGCGGACUGUAAUCGGACCUUAGCAUUAGAUCCAUCUUGUAUUGAAGCCCUAAGCACCAGAGCUUCACUUUUUGAAACCAUUCGUUGCCUCCCAGAUUCACUUCACGAUCUUGAGCACUUGAAACUAUUAUACAAUUCCAUACUCCGUGAUCGGAAGCUACCGGGACCGGCAUGGAAACGGCAAAACGUUCGAUACCGUGAAAUUCCGGGAAAGCUUUGUUCUUUAGGGUCUAAGAGUCAAGAACUGAAGCAGAGGGUUGCUUCAGGGGAAACAGGGAAUGUAGAUUACCAUUCUUUAAUCGGGUUGAGACGGGGUUGUUCAAGAUCCGAAUUGGAAAGAGCCCAUUUGUUGCUUACAUUGCGUCACAAACCCGAUAAAUCCACUAGUUUUAUUGAUAGGUGUGAGUUUGCGGACGAACUUGAUAUGGAUUCGAUCCGAGAUCGAGCAAAGAUGUCUGCUUUAUUGUUAUACCGAUUGAUUCAAAGAGGGUAUACGAACGUAAUGGGGACAAUUAUAGAGGAAGAGGUUGCUGAAAAAGAGAGGAAGAAGGCAUUGCAACAUGAUAAUCAAGAAGCCACAAGAGUAAAAAUGACACUAGGCAUUGAAGAACAGAACCAGAAUUGUGAAAACAAAAAACCGGCACCGGUGUAUCAAGGGGUGUUCUGUAGAGACCUUGCGGUGGUGGGGAAUUUGUUGUCGCAGGCGGGGUUUAACCGUCCGAUCCCGGUCAAGUAUGAAGGUUUGAGCUGUUAGGAUGAUUACGAUGUAAAAAAUGGUGACGGGGAAGCAGCAGUGAAAGAAUAUGAUAAAAAAAUGAUAAAUAAACGUGGAAUGGAAGUGAUUUUUGUACAAAAGGAGGGGGGGGGGGUAAUUUACAAAGAAAAGAAGCCAAAAAAGCCUGGAAAUUUUUGUCACCUGUUGUCUCUUUCUGCUUUCCUUUUUACUGCUACUACUAUUACAGUAGUACUGGUGAUGGUGUUAGCUUUUUGGUUUUGGUACAUGUGCAUUUGAUGAUCUAUAUCUAUCUAAUCUUUCUAUGAUUAAAUUUGAAGGUAAAAAAGAUGAUAUGUAUAUUAUUAAUAUUAAAGGUGUA